AUGACCAUAUUUAGCGCCAUUCUGCUCCUGGCCCUGAGCGGCUCAGUCCUCGCCGACUACCCAAGCCAGCAGGUCUUGACCCGACAAUGCCGGCCGGCGCAGACUUACAAAGCAGAGACAAGCUACAACGCAUGUUAUGCGGAUGCCAGCUACUCCUCGCGCACGCUCACUGGCAUUGAGAUUGAGCUGCCCCGAAACGCCCCGCAGCCGUGCGCUGACAUCUGCGGACGGUUCGGGUACAAGUAUGCGGGCGUGAAGAAGGGCAGCCAGUGUUUUUGUGGCAACCAGAUCAAAGAUACAAAGGCCGAAGAAUCCUCUUGCUACGUGGAAUGCCCGGGCGAUCCCCAGCAGACUUGCGGCGGAGAGGCUGGGACUGGCUCCUCUCAUGUCUCAAUAAGCAUCUGGAAUGUCAUCAACCCACGAGACGCCGAGAAGAAAUCAGUCCACUUCCCUGACUGCACCCGCGAACCUCUGUGCUCAAACAGGGUUUGCGACACAAGCUUGUCUGCCAAAGAGCGAGCUGCUGCACUGAUAUCUUUGUGGACGCCCGAAGAAAAGAUUGGGAAUCUCGUUGAGAAGGCGCUUGGUGUUCCCAGACUCGGCAUCAAACCGUACAACUGGUGGUCUGAAGGACUCCACGGCCUGGCUACUGCAGGAGUCGACUACAACUCUCCAGGAUCGGGGGAGUGGGAUUGCGCCACGUCGUUUCCCCAGCCCAUUCUGAUCGGAGCUGCCUUUGAUGAUGAUCUGGUGACGGAGAUUGCUGAUGUCAUUAGCACGGAGACCAGAGCCUACAGCGCUGCUGGAAGGGUUGGCCUUGACUUAUACACGCCCAAUAUCAACUCGUUCAAGGACCCUCGAUGGGGCCGCGGACAAGAGACGCCGGGAGAGGAUCCCUUCCAUCUGCAGAGCUACACCCGUGCUCUCCUCACAGGGCUAGAGAGGAAAGUCGGAGGCUACAAAAAGGUCCUGGCCACCUGCAAGCAUUUCGCAGCCAACGACUUCGAAGCUGUCGGGAACAUCACCAGGCACAACUUCAACGCCAUCAUCGGCCCGCAGGAUCUCAACGAGUUCUACCUGUCUCCCUUCCGGACAUGCGCCGAGCGGGAUGUCGGCGCCUUCAUGUGCAGUUACAACUCUGUCAACGGCGCCCCCGCCUGCGCAAAUAGCUAUCUCAUGGAGGAGAUCCUCCGGGAGCACUGGGGCUGGGAGGCCGAUGAGCACUACAUCUCCACCGACUGUGGUGUCGUGGAUAAUAUUUUCAAGGAUCACAAGUAUACAGACUCUUUGGGUGCUGCCGCCGCUGUUUCCCUCAAGGCUGGUGUUGACCUCGAGUGCUCUGAUGGGAACAUAACUGCGUUGACUGAAGCAUGGAAUAACGACCUGAUCAAUGGGGCGGAUAUGGAUAAGGCCUUGAUUAGGCUGUGGGCGUCGCUGAUUUCGGUGGGCUGGUUCGAUCCUUCCGACAAACAGGAGCUGAGGAAGCUCACUUUCAAGGAUGUCAACACCGAAACGGCCCAGAAGCUCGCCUAUGAUGUGGCAGUUGCUGGUAUCGUGUUGAUCAAGAACCAUGACCACCAUCUUCCCCUGCACAAGGGAAGCGGCAAGGUCGCAAUCAUUGGUCCCUGGGCAGAGGCAACGAUCCAGAUGUUGGGCAACUAUGCCGGUCCAGCGCCCUACAUCAUCUCCAUACUUCAAGCCGCAAACGAGAUGGGCCUCGAUUACAGUUGGGCGAAGGGGUCGGGUAUCAAUGCCCCAGAUGAUACGCUCGACGAAGCCAUCCAAAAGGCUACGGAAGCUGACGAGAUAAUCUUCAUAGGAGGAAUUGACAACACCAUCGAGGAUGAGAAUAGAGACAGACUGAACAUCACGUGGCCCGAGCCUCAGCUGGAUAUACUCCGCAAGCUGAGCAGCCUCAACAAGCCUAUCACUGUUGUUCAAUUUGGCGCCGGCCAGCUUGACGGUACGGAGCUCUUGGGAAGCAAGACUGUCAAAUCUAUCCUCUGGGCUGGGUACCCAGGACAAUCAGGUGGAAAGGCGGUACUUGACAUAUUGUACGGAGUUGCGGCGCCUGCUGGUCGGCUGCCGGUCACGCAGUAUCCGGCAAAGUACGUGGAUGAGGUGGCAGUCACUGAUAUGACCCUCCGGCCAAGGCAGAGCGGGACCAACCCGGGACGGACACACAUGUGGUAUACAGGCAAGGCUCCAGCUCCAUUCGGCCACGGUCUUCAUUACACGGACUUCCAGGUCUCGCUCGAGAAGAAAGCCAUCUGGGCCGACGCGCUCACGACAGCUCCUCCCAACGUCGCUCAAGUGAAGUCGCUUAUUGCCGACCUGCCCUGGAUGCACGCCAUCAACCAAGGGAUGAUCAAGAUUGUAGUCAAAGUGAAGAACAUUGGCAAUGUCGAGUCAGAUUACGUCGCGCUGCUGUUUAUGCGCAGCGAGGUAGGCCCGAAGCCGAACCCACUCAAGACUCUUGCCGGGUACACUCGAAUCAAGGCCAUUCGCCCCGGCGAGGAGAAGCAAGCUGAGAUCAUCCUGCAGCUGGGGCGGUUCCUUCGCGUGGAGGAGAAUGGCGACCAAGUGCUGUACCCCGGGACCUAUGAGCUGUUUGUCGAUGUUGACGGGAAAGCGAGCGUGGACAUUGAGUGGAAGGGAGAGGAUCCUGUGACUGUCGAGUACUUCCCAGAACUAUGGAUCGCGCCCUAG